AAACAUGGAGGAGCGCUGCAUUUGCCCCUCGGUGUGGUUAUGGUGGAAGUUGGUCCGCGGUUUUAUUUUUGGUUAGGUAAUAGCGAUGUGGUGUCAGAUGCAAACGACAUAGGAAGGGUCAAAAGGCAGCGUUUGUUUUAAAAGAGCGCACUUGUCGUCCGCGUUCGUGCGUUAAACUGAGCCUGCUCGGCACACGCUUGGUCCGCCUGCUUUCGGGGCGCCUCCGCGGGCCUGCCCACAAUGGCGGCCCACGGCUCGCACCAGCCCAAACGGAAGGAGAUCUACAAGUACGAGGCGCCAUGGACGCUGUACAGCAUGAACUGGUCCGUCCGGCCCGACAAACGCUUCAGGCUGGCCGUGGGCAGCUUCAUCGAGGAGUACAACAAUAAGGUGAUGGUGGUGCAGCUGGACGAGGACGCCGGCGAGUUCUCCGCCCGCUCCACCUUCGAGCACCCCUACCCCACCACCAAGAUCAUGUGGAUCCCAGACGGCAAGGGCGUGUAUCCGGACCUGCUGGCCACCUCGGGCGACUACCUGCGUAUCUGGCGGGCCGGCGAGCCCGACACCCGGCUAGAGUGCGUCCUCAACAACAACAAGAACUCGGACUUUUGCGCGCCUCUGACGUCAUUUGACUGGAACGAGGUGGACCUGAACCUGAUUGGCACCUCAUCCAUCGACACGACGUGCACCAUCUGGGGCCUGGAGACAGGUACGCCGCCCGGCCGAACGCGCUUAGCCGCCUCGUUGGCUC